GGGCAGGCAGUUUCUUCCCUCUCUGCCCCUCCGCCUGGCACACGUUGCCCAGCCAUGGGCACCUUCGACCUGUGGACAGAUUACCUGGGUUUGGCACGCCUGGUGGGGGCUCUGCGUGGAGAAGAGGAGCCCGAGACCAGGCUGGACCCACAGCCAGAGCCGACGCCGGGACCAGGGGGUCAGAGGCCCGUCCCGGAAUCCCCAGCAGCUCCCGAACGCCUGUGCUCUUUCUGCAAGCACAACGGCGAGUCACGGGCCAUCUACCAGUCCCACGUGCUCAAGGACGAGGCGGGCCGGGUGCUGUGCCCCAUCCUUCGGGACUAUGUGUGCCCCCAGUGCGGCGCCACCCGCGAGCGCGCCCACACCCGCCGCUUCUGCCCGCUCACCGGCCAGGGCUACACCUCCGUCUACAGCUACACCACCCGCAACUCGGCCGGCAAGAGGCUGGCCCGGCCUGACAGGGCCAGAACGCAGGACCCAGGGCACGGGCACCGCCGAGGAGGAGCAGGAGGAGCCUGCGCAGAGCUCUGCGGCCGCGAGGGGCCAGCACGGCCGGCCGGCGCUGGAGUUCUGCGCUGCGUGUCCGGCUGGGUCCCACCUGGCGCCUCACGGGUCCGGGAGUGUCACGGGGCGCUAUCCCAGGAGCAGCCUCCAGGUGGCGCCAGAGCCCCGGCGGCCCUCGGGUUGAACUUCGGCAACCUGAAUCAUCGCGUAUUAUUAACUGGUUUUCUCCUCUUUGAAAAUCCAGGCUCCAAAGCGAAGGAACCGAAAUUUGCAAACCCAGAUAAACAUCUGGGCAGCUCCAGUCCUGUUCAGAAGCAGCCGGCUUCCGGGGGCCCCAGCUGCUGCCUCCCGCCUCCCACGGCCUCGGGGGCCCGGGAGGAGCAGGUUCCCUCAGCAUCCCCAGCUGCUCCUGUGCUUCCCAGGGAAGCCGACUUCCGGGCCGGCUGA